UUGUGCUCUCGCCAGAACAAUUCUAGAUCACGUGAUUCGUCAUAUGAUUCAAAAUGGCGGCGCGAAAGUGUAUUUUGUUGCUCGUGAUCUGUUUUAUUGCAUGUUUCGGGCAGAUUUUGGGCCAGAAAACUUCCGUUCCCCUGGUUAUCAAUACCUGGGGGUUCACGAACGCCACAGAGAAAGCAUGGACUGCUCUGAGGAAUGAUGGAUCAGUACUGGAUGCUGUGGAGAAAGGCUGUACUGAGUGUGAGGCACAGCAGUGUGACUUCACUGUGGGGUAUGGAGGCAGCCCUGAUGAACAUGGAGAGACAACAUUAGAUGCUCUCAUCAUGGAUGGGACAACUCUUGAUGUCGGAGCCGUUGCUGAUCUGCGCAGAGUGAAGAAUGCCAUCUCUGUCGCCCGCAGUGUCAUGGAACAUACCACUCACACCAUGCUAGUGGGGGAGCAAGCUUCAGCAUUUGCACUUGAGAUGGGCUUUGCAGAGUCGGACCUUCACACACACAGGUCCAUUGAACAGUGGAUAGCUUGGAACAACAAGAAAUGUCAACCUAACUACAGAAAGAAUGUGUCUCCAGAUCCCAGUAAGUCGUGUGGUCCCUACAAGCCUCUCAACCCAGCUGACUGGAAGGAAACUCCAAGCUACAGCCCCCACUCUGACGAGUUUGACCAUGACACUAUCGGGAUGAUAGUGAUUGGUGCCAAUGCGACAGCAGGAGGGUCUUCUACCAAUGGGGCUCUUCACAAAGUACCAGGUCGAGUGGGGGACGCUCCCAUUGCAGGAGCGGGGGUGUACGUUGACAGUGAGGUGGGAGGGGCAGCAGGGACGGGUGACGGUGACAUCACCAUGAGAUUUCUACCAAGUUACCAAGCAGUGGAGUACAUGCGAGGAGGGAUGGCCCCUGAAAAGGCCUGCCAGCUGGCCCUGAGCAGAAUAGGCAAGAAAUACCCAAACUACCAUGGUGCUCUGGUGUGUGCCAACAUCAAGGGGGAGUAUGGUGCUGCCUGCCACUGGCCGGGGCUGGACAAGUUCCCCUACUCCAUUCGGAACCCCACAGUCAAGUCCACCACUGUGGAACAAGUCGACUGUCAACAGUAGGUAGUGUCUGCAAGGGCAAUGAUGUCAACUGGUAACAAUUGGUAGAAAUAUCAGUUUCAACUUACUACUCCAGUGAGACAUAGCUUAUAGAAUAUAGUUUUUGAAGGUUUCAAACCUAUAAAUGGUUUAUUGAGAACAUAUACUUCCAAAAAGUCUAACGAUACCAGCCAGUCAGCUAAGCAGUAUAAGUAUUUAACUGAUAGUCUGAAAAUACUAUGAGAAGCUCUGCAGUGUUGUUUUUUCCAGGCCUGAAGUAUACUGGAUAGAUGGCUAGCAUCAUCAAAGUAUACUGAAUAAAUAUGCCUUGAACCAAAAUGUAUGGACAAGAAAACUAGUUUGAAACUAGAACUGUGAUAUUCAAUAAAGAUUAAUUAAGGUAUAUCAUUGUGAUUCUUAGGUUAAAAGUGCAUGAAUUACUAUAAUAGUGCAAUGAUUGAAACAUAGGUGCAUUCUUUCCAGGCAGCUUUUAUUCAUUCAUUGUUGUCUUCAAUGAAUAUUAUUGCAGCUUUAAAAUUAAAAGCAAUAAAACAUGAUUCAAUAUAAUAUUGGAUAACAUACAUGUACUGACAGUAGAUACUACUACUCCUAGUACUACCUGUGUGAAUAACUGUAGGGCAGUACAAUUUUACAAAUCUACUUGCAGCAUUCAAGUUUUUUUAUCACCCAAAAUUUGUUUGCUUUGCAUGUUGCGGCAUACAUGUAUAGACUUAGUUAUACAUUGAAGUGUAGCUCUGUGGGACUAAGAGACAUUUAAUGCUGCUCGAAGUCUGUUUACUCAAAUGUGUUUUAUGCUUGUUUCCAAUUUGGAGCUCAUGGAUCAACAUGAUGAGGAGAGACAUUGUAUAGAAUUGUGGUAAAUAUUCCAUGUAUAGAUUGGUGGACUGUGUAUGUAUAUGUGUAAGACAUAUGGAGCUUAGAAUGUAUCCUAAGAGAGCUAUACAUGGAUUGUAUAAUUUAUGAUGGAGAAGAAGUUAUAUCAACAUUUCAGGGUAUGCUGCUAGUGUCACAUUUGUUGCUCAGAUGUCUAUGUGCCAUGUAAGAUGUAGUGCACAUAUUCCUUUGGAGCUGAUUUAGGAAAACAGUAGCUUCUGAAGUUAUUCCUUCUUUAAGGAUUUUAGAUAAAGUGAAUAAAGGCUAAACAUUA